AAAAAAUGAAAAUUAAAAUAAAAUAAAUAAAAAAACAAACAAACACAAAAAGGGUUUUUGGAUAACAUCUUUUACUAUAUAUUAGUUCCAAUAUUAGCUUUUUUCUGUAACUAAAUCCCACAUUUAUAUAAAACCCGAUUUUGAUUGCUUAUUUCAACCAUUAAAAAUCAUAUCUUUCUUUUAUUUUCAGAGCUUCAUUGGCAACAAAAUGACCAAAACCACUUUUCUCCUUUGUUUCAUCACUCUCUUGGCUUCUUCUUCUGCUCUUCCCUCUGUAUCAAAGCACCACAAAGUUGGUUUUUAUGAGUUGAAAAAGGGUCAUAUCUCUGUCAAUCUCACCAACUGGGGUGCCACAAUUGUUUCUCUUCAUCUCCCUGAUAGACAUGGAAAAUUGGAUGAUGUAGUUCUGGGGUAUGAUUCAAUUGAUACUUACAAGAACGAUACAAAUUAUUUUGGUGCUCUUGUUGGACGAGUUGCUAACCGAAUUGGAGGUGCCAAAUUUACACUAAAUGGGCAUACGUACAAACUAGUUGCUAAUGAAAAGAAAAACAUACUCCAUGGUGGGAAAGUAGGAUUUAGUGAUGUUGCUUGGAAAGUGAAAAGUUACCAAAACAAAGGUCUUGCUCCUCACAUUGUGUUCACCUAUCACAGUCGUGAUGGCGAACAAGGCUUUCCUGGUGAUGUACUGGUCACUGCUACCUACACUCUAUUUGGGCACGGAAAAUUGGCUGUGAUCAUGACAGCAAAGGCUCUAAACAAGCCUACACCGGUGAAUCUUGCUCAGCAUACCUAUUGGAACCUUGGUGGUCACACCAGUGGCGAUAUCCUUUCCAAUGACAUCCAAAUCUUCGGUUCCCAAAUCACUCCUGUGGACGAUGAGCUCAUUCCAACCGGGAAAAUUCAAUCUGUGAAAGGAACACCAUUCGAUUUCUUGAAACCGCAUCCUGUUGGAACCAAAAUCAAGGAGCUACCUAAGGGCUAUGACAUCAACUAUGUCCUCGACGGUGUCCCCGAGGGAAAAGAAUUGAAAAGAGUGGCUGUUGUGUAUGACAAAAAGUCGGGAAGGUCUAUGGAUCUUUCAACAAAUAAGCCUGGUGUUCAGUUCUACACAGGUAACAACAUCAAGGAUAUUAAGGGUAAAGGUGGAUUUGUGUAUCAAAGUCAUGCUGCUCUUUGUUUGGAGACUCAAGCAUUUCCUGAUUCUGUGAAUCACCCCAAUUUUCCUUCAACUAUUAUCAGUCCCGAAGAGCCUUACAAACAUGUUAUGCUCUUUAAGUUUUCAACCAAAGAUCGUCCUAACUUUUCAAGUGUUUGAUUUAGAAUUAUCAUAUCUUUUUAUGAACCCCCUUGAAUUACAAUAACGAUUUGCAUUUUGUAAUCAAGAGAUUGUGUAAAAUCUAGGAUCAAAGGAAUGAAUAAAUAAUGUGAAAUGGAGAACUUUACAUUA